ACAAAAGAAAUAGAAAUCUACAAGACAUAAAAUCAGUUUAAAGUGGUAUCAAAGAACUAGGACCAUAGAAAUGGAAGACAACAAGGGCUUUUAAUGGGCCCAUUUCUUUAACAAGUACCAACCCCUUUCUACACGUAAAAAUAUCACAGUAGAUAGAGAGAGACAGAGAGAUCUGUGGGAGGGAAAUAAAAUUUCAAAGGAGAUAAUCUAGAAAGGUGGGUUUCGGAUGGGAAUUUAUACAAGGAAAAUCUAACCGGUCUUUACUGCUUGACCUGCAUGUGAGAGAGAGAGAGAGAGAGAGAGAGAGAGAGAGAGAGAGAGAGAAGUGUUUCCAUUUUUUGAGCAAAGAGAGAGAGAGAAGUAGGCACAGAGAUGAAGGGGUUUAUAAUGGAAUUCAAUACGCCCCUGUUCUUGGGCGUAGAAUUUGGAAUUUUCAUUUCUUUCUAUACAUGACCCUCUCUUCCUUUCUUUUCUUUUUUUCUCUAUUAUUUUUCUUUCUUGACGCCGACUACCUUUCUCUGCAACUUUGUGGAAAAAAAAAAAAAAACAUUUCUCUCUCUCUCUCUCUCUCUCUCUCUCUCUCUAGCUUGUCCUGUCCUAUCAUUCUCAUCAAUUUAUAAAUGUCUCAAGGUCCAACUUUCUUUCUUAAACACCCCCUAUAUCUUCCUCCCUUCUCACUCCCUCUUGAGCAACCAGGAGAAACCAUGGAGGACUUGAGCAGUUUGUGGAGAUUUCAGGAGAACGUGGAGGAGUUGAAGCAGAAACUCAUGCAGACGACUUUCGAACUAGAGUCCUUAAAAAUGGAAGCAAAUGAAGAAAGUAUAAAGAACAAAGAGAAAGUGAAGAGCUUACUUCUUCUCCUGCAGGCAGCAUAUGAAGAAAGAGACGAAGCAAGAGAUCAGCUGCAGAAACUGAUGAGCAAAUUUGUGCCAACUACUACUGCAACUGAAUUACCAGCUCUGCUUCUUUUCCAAGCUGAAAGUCCUCUCAACAUACCCACCAAAGCAAAUUCAAGCAUCACAGAAUCAAACAGUCUCUAUGAAACUUAUAAUCACCAAUCUUAUGGUUCUUCACCAGCAGAUUCUUUCUUUGAUGGAGUUUCAUCACCAGAUUUCUCUACUGCAAACAUGGCUGAUUCAUGCAAAAUGAGCUUUGUAAAUCAGCCAUAUGUCACGGAGUAUAAUGCCCCGCAGCCUCUGGCCACAGGCGUGGACACUCCCAAAACAGAAAAGCCCGAUCCAUUUUCUGCAGUGAUUGAUGAUCUUGUAAAGGGAAAAGCGUUACCUCAGAAAGGCAAGCUUCUGCAAGCUGUUACAGAAGCAGGACCUUUACUUCAGACGCUUCUGGUUGCUGGACCGCUUCCCCAAUGGCGUAAUCCUCCGCCAUUGCAAGCCUUCAAGAUUCCUUCUCUUCUAGUGAAUGGCUGCAACACUAAGAACAUCAAUCAACACCUUCCUUCAAAACCCAGUAGCCCUUCCCCAAAGCCACUGCAUUCUCUUUUUCACACUGAAAUGUCUCGUGGAUCUUCUCAAAUUUGUUCAGCUUCUUCCAUGUUUAGCUUCAACAAUGGCCCUUCUGGUUCUUGCUUCAACAGUGCCUUGCUUAUGGCUCCAAAUGUUAACACUCAGAUUCUAGCAGCAAAGAGACAGAAAAUUCAAUGA